AUGCAUAAUUUAAUAAAAAAUCAUAAAAAAGUAUAUUCGGUUAAAAAAUCAUCAAGUAGAAAUAAUAACAACAAUAUUAUUGACAAUAAAUUAAUUCGAAAUCAAAGAACUGGUACUAUCCAAAGAAAUGGUGAUCAUCAACUUUCUGUAGCUGAUAUCAUAGAUUAUAAUCUUGACGUUAUUUUCGUUGGUCUUUUUAGUGGUAAGAAAAGUCAAUCAACUGGACAUCAUUACUCUUGUGAAACAAACGAGUUUUAUAAUUGUUUGAUGGAAAGUGGGUUUACUAAUGGUGAAAAAAUAAAUUGUGUUGAUGACCAACGUUUACCGAUUGAUUUUAAAUGUGGUUUGAUUAAUUUGGUUCAUCGACCAAAACAUCGAUCAAAGAAAAAGUUAUCUUUGACAGAUAUUAUACAAGCUAUUCCAAAUCUACUUGACAAAGUAGAAAGAUAUCAUCCAAAGUUUAUUUGUUUUAAUGGGAAAUCAGCCUACGAUGCUUUUGAAGUAUAUCGGUUACAAUCUGAUCAAUCAAGCCUUGUAAACAACAAUGACAAAAGCAAUAGAGUUAAUGAAAAAUGGGGCUUAAAGCCAUUAAUUAUUCCCUGGAAUGAUAAUUCUGUAAAAAUCACAAAAACAUCAACACCAAUAACUACAACGGAAUCAUCAAAUCAUCAAGAAAAAGCCAAUCACAAUAAUAAUAUUUUUGAAUAUAUUCAACAAUCGUUAAUAAAUUUUGAUAAUUAUCCGAUAGAAGAUAUUAAUAUUGAUAAAAAUGAAAUAUCUGCAAUUCGUAACUUCUCAGAAUCUUUAGCUAAACUUAGUAUCAGAGGUGAAAUUGGUAAAUUAUAUGAAUUAACGGUUCCACAAAAUAGGAACAAAAAAAAAUAUAAUAAACUGCAAGUGAAACAAAUUAAUAGCAUGAGAGCUUUACAUUUAAUUGAUUCUAUUUACGAAUCAGUAGAUAAAGAAGUUCCUUAUUUCUAUACAGAAAAACAAUUCUCUUUAUAUGUACCAAGGUUUUCACCUUUAAUAACAUUAUUUCACAUAAUAAGCAUUAGGAUCAAUCAGAUCAUAGAUAAAUUUUCAAUAUUUUCAUGGAUUCAAUGUUCAUCAUUCAACGAAACAUUUCAUAAUUAUAUAGACCGAUCAAUAUUUUAUAAUUCUUUAUCAUCUGGUUUAACAUCUUCUAUACAAAGUUAA